AUGGCAUUCAAUGGCAUCCGAGAUCUUGAGUCCGAGAAACAACUCUGGUCAGGGCAUUGUCGCGUCUCCAGGGCAUGGUUGGGUGUUAAUGUGACGACUGAUAAAGUCCUGCAUUUCGAUCUCAUCUUGAUGGAUGCCAAGGGGAAUGAUAUAUGGGUGCAUAUCCCACCAGUUCUGCAAGAACACUUCAAACGAUUGCUGAAGGAACAGCAGGUCUACACCAUUAAAAACUUUGAGCUUCAUACGACCCAACUGAAAUAUCGCCCCAUUGCCAAUACGAAGACUACUGUUGAGCAUGUUCCCGAUGUCCCUUCCAUUCCUGCCUUCAAAUUCACAUUCCUCAAAGCAAGUGAGAUGGCAUCUAAAUUGAAUGAUGUGGUCGUCCUCUCAGGUUACAACCGCAAUUUAUUCAGUGGUUGA